AUGAGCGACGAUGCUUCAACGACACGCGCCAACACGCGAAACAUGCGCCCGCAAUCCAGUAAGCGUGUGAAAUCAACUGCACGCCGUGCUACAGACCAGGCGCACGAAGACGAGCCAGGCAGCAACGACGUAGUCCUUGCUGACCUCUCUCCCGAAGAACGCACAAUGCGCAGCCCACCUACUGCAAACGCAAAGACGUGGUGGUCUGAAGACGAUGACCUCCUCCUUCUAAUUCAGACAAACAUUGAACGUCCGUUCUUAGCGUUAAAGAACAAGAUGAUGGCGUGGAACGACACCGCAGCCGGCUGCAUGCGCAUCGAUGGGUUUGGCCGCAAGUCGCUAAAUGGGAAGAAGGCCUCGCAACGGUUCCAAUUGCUCCUCGAGAAUCAUCGAAACGGAGAAGACAGUCCUGCUGGACGAAUUGCUCGCGCUGAUGGACGACAACAAGGCUGUCAAGGAAGAGCAGCAUGUGGCCGAGGCAGCUGGCAAGGAGAAGAAAGCGAGCGCUACGGCGUUGAUUCGGGACGAAGCGAUGCAGCGAGCGGCGAAGCGCAAGAGUGUUGA